GAAUACGUUGAAGAACAAUAUAGUAUUUCCAAACCACGGAAAGACAUUUUGAUCAACUUUGAUUACAAUCAUCUUGUACCUAGAACUUGACUCUCUUCGCUCUCAAGUGCGAAUCGAUCACACAAUACCCAUUAUUCCUCUUCUUUGACAAGCGCCUACGUGGAUACUUAGGUCUCAUUGUCAUAGAUACACCCCUCAUCGUCUCAUAACGACUUCAUUACAUCACGCUAUCUACCAAGAUUGCGAGUAUCGAAAAGCAUUCAACUUUGAAUGAUAGUCGCCAUCAUCGAAGCUCAAUAUAGUCACAUACACCUAGCAAAGCACUUAGAUCGCUUCAUAUAGACAGUAGACUAUUUGAAGAUUGAUUGAUAAGCACUUUCAAAUCUUGUGGAUAUGUCUAGUCAUAGAAGUAAAGGAAAGGGAAGGCAGAAAGACAAAACUUCGAGGAAUGAAGGGAAGGAUCGGAAUCCUGAGGCACGAGCAUAUCAACAGAAUAUUGAUCCGUAUCCAGCACCAGCGCAGCAAAGCGCAGGGUACCAAGCUGCACACGAAAGAGGAGGCUACGUCGAACCCGCUGUCUACUCACGACCAGCUCCCCAGUGGCAAGGAUUCGCUCAAGCUGGACCAGCCCCUAGAAGUGACGAGGCAGCACCUAACUACCAAGGAUCAUCAGUUGGCGCCGGAAGCAAUUACUUCUAUAGCACAACGACUGAGGCAUCGGCACAUUCUGGCGACAACUACGAGCGUCAAAAUGUGCACGAUACAUCAUCUUUCAAAGAUCCCUGGGCAGAGGCUGGUCUGGGAUACCUAAAGCCGCAAGUAGAAAAUAGAUCGUUUACACCAAGAAGUUCUGAUUAUGACAUCCUGCCGACUUCUCCAAGUACUCCCCGGCCGCUUACAGAUACGUCAGCAGCUGGCUAUCAACACGUAAUGGAAAGGCUUCCCGCCGUCAUACCUACGUUCAAAGAGAAGGGAGAGCUUCCCUAUGGAGAAAACGACUAUCCAGCUGAAUGGAAUUCGGAAUACAACCCCGCAUUCGAUUUCAAAGGCCAAGGUCCUGUGGCUACUUUAUGGGCUGAUGUUUACAAGACUGAUGAAGACAUGCGAAUCUGUCACCUAUUUGAUCAUGUGGAUCUUUUUCGACUAAUGUACAUCGUUACGACUUUGAAUUCAACUGUUGAUUGCUGGGAGGAUGAUCCGACGUGUUUAAGAUUUGCAACAGAAAUUCUCAACAUUGCUGGUAGACCGUACGGAUUUAACUUUGUAAGUCAUUUACGGCCAGCAAAUGGCUUCACUGUGGAGCAAGUGGAAGGGCUUUUCCGUAUUAUGUCGGAUAGAGCCAACAAAAAGCGGGGUGCAGCAGUUGAAAGAAUUAAUGAAUGGCUGAACUGGAAUAAUAAACUGAUCAAGAAAAAGGAAGAAGAGGCAAGGAAAAGUGAACACAGUACAAAGUACGGAAAUAAGUAUAAAUACAAGAGUCCCUCACCUACGAGUUCUACGCCUAAACCAUAUCCAUACUGGUCUCCCAAGAAACUCUUAGCUGGUCUGCCAGAAGCUAUCAUGAAUUACUUUGGCCAUGGCUAUAAUGCUGCUGUUGAGGACAAGAGGCUCUGCUGGCAAUGGAAAAUAAAUUAUUUCCUCUAUCGCGAGAAAGGAACAAGCGAUCAACUCAUUUGGUACUUGCCAAAAAACUUCAUAUCACCACCACCAGUACCUCCCGAAGCUCGUUUUUGGUCCAACAUAACUGAGGAGCAAGCAGACCAAGAUGAACGAGAAUAUAUACAGAAUGAUCCAGAAGAAAUGAUAUUUUUACAGAAAAGACUAGAGCAAAUGAGUUGGGGAGAGCAGAGUAGGUUGGAGGCAGAACGGUUGGCACUAGAGGAGGAAGAACAGCGUCGCUACGAAGAAAAGGGAAUGAGUACCAAUGUCGUCACUGUGCAACCUGGAAGUUCGUCAACUAAACAUCCACGUCCAAGGACAGACAACUCGAGCUCUCAAAAAGAUACGAGAACUCACCAUAGGGACACAGGGGGAAAGUCUCGCCGUAAGCGGGCACCCAAAUGAGGUCUUUCGGAAUAGGGAAUAAAGGGGUGUUGAUCGAUCUUAAAUGUGCUGAUGGUUUUGUUGGGAUGUAAUUAGAUAUUGAGAAGCCUGAUGCACCAGCCGUAUGGCUGAGAAUAUGUCUAAUCCGGAUAUAGGUAGAGGUCUAAAAUAAACGCGAUGGGUGGACUAAUGAAGGAUAAAGAUAGAAUAUUCAGGAAUAGAUAGAUAAUACUUAAUAACGUUGCCUUUACA